CCCGGUUCAGUCCCGUCAGUGGAGCGCGAGGCUCGAAGCACGCACACACACGGUUCACACAUACUUGGCUGCACGCGUGAAAGGUGCCACAGAGAGAGUGGACUCACCGGAGGACUUUGAUUUUGUGUGUGGGAGUAAUCGGAGCAUGAAUUGGGCAUCAAGACAUCGAUCCACACCUCUAGACAAACCAAGUGAAGCUUUCAAAGGAAAAGCAAACGGAGAUAGAUUUGAAUGCAACAUCCCUACAGACGGAGGGCGAUGCACUCGCCUCUUGUUCCAUAAACUGUCACAGUUUAUAUGAAUGUCAAAACACCGGGCUGGAUAUUUUUUUGCAAAGCCAAUUUGCUGUGCGCUCGGUGUGGGGUGACGUUUGGACCGUUGCGCACAACAGCGAGCGAACAUUGCGCGUGAUUGAGCGCAAUUUCCAGAGACUCGGACUUGCCUCAGAGCGGAGUUUGACUCCUCAUCAUGGGGCACGGUGCACAAACUGAUAGAGGAAGAGGAAGAGGAGCGAGAUCCUCUCCUGAGAUGCUGACCCUUUCCUGGCUUCUGCUUUUUCUCCUGGUGGAUAUCGGAGUGGCUCAAGUUGACGAUGACUUCAUUGGUCUUGGCGAUCUUCCGGAGACAUUCCCUUCAGACCCCCCUGAGCCUCUGCCUGUGUUCUUGAUGGAACCGGAGGAGGCCUAUAUAGUGAAGAACAAGCCGGUCAACCUGUACUGCAAGGCCACGCCUGCAACGCAGAUCUACUUCAAGUGUAACAGCGAGUGGGUUCACCAGAAGGAGCACACUGUGGAGGAGCGGGUUGACGAAAACUCUGGCCUGGUAGUGAGAGAGGCCAGCAUAGAGAUCACUCGGCAGCAGGUGGAGGAGCUGUUUGGGCCAGAGGACUUCUGGUGUCAGUGUGUGGCCUGGAGCUCUGCAGGGACCACCAAGAGCCGCAAAUCCCAUGUCCGCAUCGCCUACUUGAGGAAGACAUUUGACCAGGAACCUCUCGGGAAGGAAGUGUCCCUCGAACAGGAAGUGCUCCUCCAAUGUCGCCCACCUGAAGGCAUCCCAGCUGCUGAGGUGGAGUGGUUAAAGAACGAGGAAGUUAUUGACCCUGCAGAUGACAGAAACUUCUACAUCACGAUCGACCAUAACCUGAUCAUCAAACAGGCCCGCCUUUCUGACACUGCCAACUACACUUGUGUUGCUAAGAACAUCGUGGCCAAGAGACGCAGCACCACCGCCACAGUUAUCGUCUAUGUAAAUGGUGGAUGGUCUACAUGGACAGAGUGGUCAGUGUGUAACAGCCGCUGUGGCCGUGGUUACCAGAAACGCACACGCAGCUGUACCAACCCGGCCCCACUCAACGGCGGCGCCAUCUGUGAGGGGCAAGGCAUCCAGAAGCUGGCAUGCAAUCCUCUCUGUCCAGUGGAUGGCCUGUGGACAGUGUGGAGUAAGUGGUCCACCUGUGGGACAGAGUGCACCCACUGGAGGAGGAGGGAAUGCGGCUCUCCAGCACCCAAAAACGGGGGAAAGGACUGUGAGGGCAUGGUGCUCCUGUCCAAGAACUGCACCGAUGGGAUGUGCAUGCAGAGUUCCUUAUAUCAGAAGUCCUCUGAAGCAAAGGAAAAGAGUGGUUUUGGAAAUUCAUUGGCUCCCAGUACAGAUGAUGUAGCGCUGUAUGUGGGCAUCGUGAUCGCGGUCAUCAUGUGCCUGGUUAUCUCUGUGGUCGUGGCGCUCUUCAUCUACAGGAAGAACCACCGCGACUUUGACUCUGACAUCAUUGAUACCUCCGCCCUCAAUGGAGGCUUCCAGCCAGUCAGCAUCAAGACUGCCCGCAAAGCUGAUCUCCUAACAGCACCCCCUGAUCUGACCUCAGCGGCCGCCAUGUAUCGCGGCCCUGUCUACGCCCUUCAUGAUGUGGCUGACAAAAUACCCAUGACCAAUUCCCCUCUGCUCGACCCUCUUCCCAACCUGAAGAUUAAGGUGUACAACUCCUCAGGUUUAGUGACUCCGCAGGAUGACCUGGGAGGAGAUAUUGCCUCUAAACUGUCACCUAAGCUACCACACUGCCUCCUGGACAACAAUGACUGUACGAUGGGCCGCCGCACGCAGACCCAGACGUUGCUCCGCACCAGGGAUCCAUCCUGCACCGCGCUGGGAUCCUUCAGCUCUCAGGGGGGACACCUCAUUGUGCCCAACUCAGGAGUGAGUCUGCUUAUUCCAGCAGGGGCCAUUCCUCAGGGCAGAGUGUAUGAGAUGUAUGUGACAGUUCAGAGGAAGGACAACAUGAGGCCCUCGGUGGAUGAUGGCCAAACGGUGUUAAGCCCUGUGGUGAGCUGUGGGCCCCCCGGAGCCUUGUUGACCCGUCCCCUCAUCAUCACCAUGCAUCACUGUGCUGUGUUUGACGGCCAACAGGAUUGGCUGAUCCAGCUCAAGAGCCAGUCACCGCAGCACCACUGGGAGGAUGUGGUGGUGGUAGGAGAAGAGAAUUUCACCACGCCGUGCUAUAUCCAAAUGGAGGACGAGUCCUGCCAUAUCCUGACAGAGACGCUGGGUACUUCCUGUCUGGUGGGCCAAUCUCUCAGCGCCUCAACCACCAAGCGCCUGCAACUAGCCAUCUUUGGCCCUGUGACCUGCCCCGCCAUGGAGUAUCACAUCAGAGUGUACUGCCUGGACGACACACAGGACUCACUGAAGGAGGUACUGCAGAUGGAGAAGCAAAUGGGGGGGAAAUUGUUAGAUGAACCAAAGACUCUCAGCUUUAAAGACAGCACCCACAACCUGAGACUUUCCAUCCACGAUGUCCCUCACACGUUGUGGAAGAGCAAACUCUUAGCCAAGUACCAGGAGCUUUCCUUUCAGCAAGUGUGGAGCGGCUCACAGAGGAACCUCCACUGUUGCUUUACCCUGGAGCGGUUUUCUUCCAGCACUGUGGACCUGGCCUGUAAGAUAUGCGUGCGCCAGGUGGAAGGAGAAGGACAGAUUUUCCAGCUGGACACUACACUGUCAGAGAAUUCCCAGAGUAUCGACACAUCUCUGCUGGACCCCGCCAGCAACAUCACCACACUGGUGGGGCCCAAUGCCUUCCGCAUCCCCGUCUCUAUCCGACAGAAGUUGUGCGGCAGUCUGGAUGCACCGCAGACCCGGGGAAACGACUGGAGGAUGUUUGCCCACAAACUAAACCUUGACAGGUAUCUUAACUACUUUGCCACCAAAUCCAGUCCUACGGGAGUCAUCCUGGACUUGUGGGAGGCGCAGCAUUUUCCUGAUGGCAACCUCGGUCGAUUGGCCCAGGUGCUGGAGGAGAUGGGGCGACAUGACAGCCUUGUUCCUUUAGCGACUGAACACUGACAUCUGCCCACCAGGGAGUGUGACACUCCUGGGAGCAAGAAGACAUAAAAGAAGAUAAGAGAGGGGGAUGCCGGAAAGCUGGCGAGUCAUUUGACAAAUCACAAUGACAUAUGCACAUGCUCGCUCACAGAUACUGUGUGUGGGUGAGUGUGUGUGCACACUCAGAGAAGUAGGAAAAAAUAAACAGCCAGGUCUACUCAGCCAUGACCCAGUUAAACCUUGGCAACAAAUGUUGUAAAAACUUGGAGGGUAAACAAGAAUCUCUGUCAUUUAUGUCUCCCUUUCUGGUUCAACAACCUGAUAUUUUUGGCUCUAGUUUCCCUGGAAACAGCUGUCCGUUUGUUUUUUUUGAUGGACUGUGCGGAUGUGUGGAUGAUGCCCUUGCUAUAGACAAGUUGAGUAAGUAGUGAGACGCUAUAAAAGGUCAAAGAGGCAAGGCUUGGAUCAGAGGAAUCAUCUUUCACUCUCCAAAACCAAUCUCCAUAGCAACUCCAUGGAUGAGGAUAUGUUCUGUGAUAACAUAGUAUUUAAUAAUAUGCCUAUUUAUACAUAUCUUUUUUUGUAUUUUAUUCUGCCUGUUAUGGAAUAUUUUGCAGUGUCCUCACAUUUUGUUUCCAUUAUGUUUGACUGUGUCAUAGCACCUCCCGGUGGACUCUUGCAGUAAUGACUUAUUUACAUGUACAGAAGGAAAUCAAUGAUGUAACCAUUUGACAGCUUUAGUGUCGCUGUCUUAACUACUCUUAAUACUUUUUAUUCAUGUCAUGUAUAAUUAUUGAUUUUCAAUUAUGUGUGCUUAUUUUACAUGAUUUGUUUUAGAUCUUUAAAAUAUUCUUUUGAUAAGUUGCAUUGGUAAUGAUUUUUAUUGACUUUCUUUGCAUGUUUGUUAUCGGGUAAUUUGGCUCAUUACAUCGGUAUAUCACCCUUUUAAUAGAGGGUGACUAAGACUAUUUCCCUCGACUGAGUAACAUUCAUGACAGAUGUGGAUGAUUUGUAGGUUGUUCAAGGUGAUAUUGCCUACAUUCAAGGAACCUGAUGCUGGCAGAAAGGAGGGGAAACUACUUUAGAAAAGGGAAACAUAUAAGUAUAUUUUUGUAGGACCAAUGCAACUGAAUACCACUGCUUUUUACCAAAUAAUUGACAUACAGUGUAUGAGGUCAAAUGUAACACAGAGGGUGAUAAUCUAAAAAUCUAACAUUGUUCAUAACACUUUUUUUUUUCAAUUGUAUUUCCUGUGUUCAGAACUGAAUGAGUCAUCUGUGAUUUUGGAGAACAGAGAUUUAAACUUCUGUGUUUGUACAUUAAUAUCAGAAGCCAUCAAUGUUAUGACACUGACUGUGGGAUUAAAAAAAUAGUGACAGUUGUAAACACAACAUUCCUUUCAUGCAACAGUACUGUUCAAGCGUUCUCAAUUGGUAUUGGAUUUUUUUUUAUGGCAGUUGUCCCAGUUUUCGUAAAGCCACCUAUGCAAACUUUGCAUCUUUCUGAAACAAUCUUUACAUUCUCAGUGGGCUAGCCUUUUGCAUUCCCUAGUUGCUAUUCAGCUUCAUGAUUAUUAUUGUGUAUAGUGAUAAUGUAGCCUGUCUGUUACUGGCACUCAUGAUGUUCCUCGCAAACUGCUUGCAUUUCAUCUGUCAUGUUACUGUACAAAGUGUAAGAAAGAAUUUUUAAGACUAAUAAUAAAUUAUAUUUAUAUGCAACAUUGAAAA